GUAGAGUCGUGGUCCUCUUUUCGUCGAUUACGUCUCGAUCAUAUGUAUAUAACUAUAUAUACAUACAGAUGUAUGUAGUUAUGUAUCUCCUCGUCGUCUCCAUUGAAAAAUCUCCCUUUCAGAAAAUAAACAACGAACCAGACGAGCAUUCUCACGCGUUCAUCUCUUCAAAACCUUGCAAUUCGACUUACAGAACAAAUUUGGGGGCGGUCGGGCAAAUGAUGAACUGUUUCCAGAUAUUCAGCAGAGAGAAGCGCAGAGGUGCCAACUCAGCUCCGGAAUUGGGCGGCGGCGGAGGCGAAAGAAUGGGGAGCGAAGACGGCGGCGGGAAUCGCGCGGCGAAGUCCGCCGGAAGCAGUUUGUCUUCCCGUCGCCGGACGAUACCCGAGAUAUACAGAGAGAGGCAGCACAGCCUGCGGGUCUUCUCUCUGUCGGAGCUCCGUGAGGCGACCAACAAUUUCAACAGGCUGCUCAAGAUCGGCGAGGGUGGGUUCGGGUCGGUUUACAAGGGAUCCAUCAAACCCGCCCCGCCAGAUCGGCCCAACAUUGUCGCCAUUAAGAAGCUGAAUGCCCAUGGCUUGCAGGGUCACAAGCAAUGGAUUGCAGAAGUCCAAUUCCUUGGAGUGCUGGAUCACCCCAAUCUUGUGAAGCUUUUAGGAUACUGUUCCUUGGAUGGAGAAAGGGGAAUACAACUGCUCUUGGUUUAUGAAUACAUGCCUAAUAAAAGCCUGGAGGACCAUCUUUUUAACAGGGCCACGCCAACAAUUCCUUGGGUCACUAGAAUAAACAUUAUUCUUGGGGCAGCUCAAGGAAUGGCGUAUUUGCACGAGGGAUCGGAAGUCCAGGUGAUAUAUCGAGAUUUCAAAUCCUCCAACGUGCUACUUGACACGGAUUUCAAUCCCAAACUUUCCGACUUUGGGCUGGCAAGGGAAGGUCCAACAGGGGACCGCACUCACGUGUCUACUGCCCCUGUCGGGACACGUGGAUAUGCAGCCCCAGAAUACGUUGAAACCGGCCGAUUGACAGUGAAGAGUGACAUAUAUAGCUUUGGUGUUGUCCUAUACGAAAUACUGACAGGAAGGCGGACAUUAGAAAGGCACCUCCCCUCGUCUGAGGUGAAGCUACUGGAAUGGGUGAAGCAGUUCCCAGCCGAUAGCAAGAGGUUUAGCAUGAUCAUUGAUCCACGCCUCCAAAAUCAAUAUUCACUGAGUGCUGCUCGGAGGAUUGCGAAAUUGGCUGACAUGUGCCUGAACAAAAACCCGAAAGAUCGGCCCACAAUGACUCAAGUGGUGGAGAUCUUGAGAGAAGCUAUGGAAGACGCGCAAGGAUGUUCUCGUUCUUCGUCAUUGACAACAAACGACUCAAAUGAGAGACUAGCAGCUUCCUCACGGACAACACAGAUGGCUCAGGCAAGCUCAUUGAAUACGUGAAAGACAAUGAACUGAUGAAGUUUUGCAACUUGCUAUUGUGCUCGUUUUUCUGUAGAUAUGAGAAUCUUUGUAAUAUCUUUAUUCAGAUUAUAUGGACAGGAUUAUGUACUCUUGCUGUAAAGAAUUAUAUUUGAUAAGAGAUUGUGGGGAAAGUUUGAGUGUAAUAUUGAUGGGGUUGAAAGAGAUGGUGGCUAUCAUUAGUGUUGUGAUCACAAAAAAGCUAUUGAAGAACUUUUAUCUUUGUUUCCACAGUUUCAUAAUUCCAUAGCUUUUGAAGACAUUGUUUCUUGAACUGAGCUAUCCGUUUUACUCCCUGACACCCAAGUGAUGCUCGUUUAUUUAAAUAUCCGAGUGUAUCGACACCAUGUACAAAAUAUGUAGAAACUUGUAUUUUCCGUGUUCUCAAAAGUUAGAUCAGUGAACAAAGGCUGCUUUGUCAUGCAAACUUACUGCAUACAACAUGGUCAUUUAUUACAUAAGAUCUACUUUGUUAAGGUCUCC